UUGGCGGCGUCAGGUCUGUUUUGCCCUGAUGAUCACGCAGGCCCGCACGGCGUUAUUGUCCAGUUAGUGUGAGAGGAAAGAAGUGGUUGGUGGAGGAGAAGUUAUUCUGGCAAGGCGUCGAAUUAUGUAGGGAUGUGUUAAAUAUCGUAGUGUUUUGUGUUUUGCUGAAUUUCUAGCGGGUGUUGUCAAGUGGCUCUGGGCGAAAUUCGUUUUAUAUUACGACCAUUUUUUUUUUAGUUUCGUGAAUAGAAUAUUUUGGAAUGCCGGGAGAAGCAGGGGGCACGGCGGGGGAAGACACAAAGCAAUCUGCCCCCCAAACUGAGAAGACAGCUCCAGUUGUCAAUGGUAACAAUGUGGAGACAUUACCAAGAGGAACUGGGAAACAGACUGACCCAAACACAGCCUUCCUGCGUGCAGCUCGUGCAGGGCAGCAGGAGAAGGUGGCAGAGUACCUGGACUCGGGAGUGGAUAUCAACACAGCCAACGCGAAUGGCUUGAAUGCUCUUCAUCUGGCAGCAAAGGAUGGUCACCUAGAGAUAGUAGCAGACCUUUUGAAGCGUGGGGCAACUGUUGAUGCAGCUACAAAGAAGGGCAACACUGCGUUGCAUAUUGCUUCUCUUGCUGGACAGGAAGAUGUUGUGAAGCUCCUUGUAAAGCAUGGCGCUUCUGUCAACAUGCAGUCGCAGAAUGGCUUCACCCCUCUUUACAUGGCAGCUCAGGAGAAUCAUGAUAAUGUGGUUAAGUUCCUGCUCAGUAAGGGAGCCAAUCAGAGUCUAGCAACAGAGGAUGGAUUCACCCCUUUAGCUGUGGCAAUGCAGCAAGGGCAUGACAAGGUUGUUGCAGUGCUUCUGGAAAAUGAUACCCGGGGUAAAGUUCGUCUACCUGCUCUCCAUAUCGCUGCCAAGAAGGAUGAUUGCAAGGCUGCCGCUUUGCUCCUGCAAAAUGACCACAACCCAGAUGUGACAUCAAAGAGUGGAUUUACACCUCUUCACAUAGCUGCACACUAUGGCAACGAAGCAAUUGCAAAUUUGCUCCAUCAGAGAGGAGCAGAUGUCAACUUCUCUGCCAAGCACAAUAUCACCCCCCUCCAUGUGGCCUGCAAGUGGGGAAAGAUCAAUAUGGUGUCUUUACUCAUCAAUAAAGGAGCUGAUAUAGAAGCCAAGACACGAGAUGGACUGACACCACUGCACUGUGCAGCACGAUCAGGACACGAUCAGGUUGUGGACUUGUUACUGGAGAGCAAGGCACCCAUAAGAUCCAAAACUAAGAAUGGACUGGCCCCACUCCACAUGGCAGCACAGGGUGACCAUGUGGAUGCAGCUCGCAUUCUACUGUACCAUCGAGCCCCUGUGGAUGAUGUGACAGUCGACUACCUAACAGCCCUGCAUGUGGCAGCACACUGUGGUCAUGUACGCGUAGCCAAGUUGCUGCUAGAUCGCAAGGCAGAUCCCAAUGCAAGAGCCCUCAAUGGCUUCACACCACUCCACAUUGCAUGCAAGAAGAACAGGCUUAAGGUGGUUGAACUCUUGCUCAAGUAUGGGGCAUCCAUUGAAGCUACCACUGAAUCGGGACUCACACCACUGCAUGUCGCCAGCUUCAUGGGCUGCAUGAACAUUGUUAUCUACCUGCUGCAACAUAAUGCUAAUCCAGAUGUCCCUACUGUUCGUGGAGAAACUCCCCUCCAUCUGGCAGCCAGAGCCAAUCAGACAGACAUCAUUCGCAUCCUUCUGCGCAAUGGGGCACAGGUGGAUGCUAAGGCCAGGGAGGAACAAACCCCUUUACAUGUAGCUUCACGACUUGGCAAUGUCGACAUUGUGAUGCUCCUACUGCAGCAUGGGGCAGCAGUGGAUGCAACUACGAAGGAUCUGUACACACCACUUCAUAUUGCAGCUAAGGAAGGGCAGGAGGAGGUGGCAUCAGUGCUCUUGGAACAUGGCGGUUCACUGACUGCAACAACCAAGAAGGGUUUUACGCCACUUCACCUGGCUGCAAAAUAUGGAAACUUGAAUGUCGCCAAGUUACUGCUGCAGAAGGAUGCUCCAGUGGAUGCACAAGGCAAGAAUGGAGUGACACCCCUGCAUGUUGCAAGUCACUAUGAUCACCAGAAUGUUGCACUGCUGCUGCUGGAUAAGGGUGCAUCCCCACAUGCAACUGCUAAAAAUGGCCACACACCACUCCACAUAGCAGCCAAAAAGAAUCAGAUGGACAUUGCUACAACAUUGCUCGAGUAUGGUGCUAAGGCAGAUGCAGAAUCAAAAGCUGGAUUCACUCCCCUGCAUUUAUGCUCUCAGGAGGGACACACAGACAUGGCCUCACUUCUCAUCGAGCACAAGGCAGACUCCAACCACAAGGCAAAGAAUGGCCUCACUCCACUGCAUUUGUGUGCACAGGAAGACAAAGUAAACGUUGCAGCAAUACUAGUCAAGAACGGAGCUGAAGUGGAUUCCACCACAAAGGCUGGGUACACACCUCUGCAUGUCGCAUGUCACUUCGGGCAGCUGAACAUGGUGAGGUUCCUGUUGCAACAUGGUGCUAGUGUGGACAACAGCACAUCAGUUGGCUAUACACCACUCCACCAGGCAGCCCAGCAGGGACACACACUUAUCAUUAGCCUGUUGCUUGAACACAAGGCGAAGCCGAAUGCUCUUACCAAUCAAGGACAAACUGCACUGUCAAUCGCCCAGAAGCUUGGCUAUAUCAGUGUGGUGGAGACUCUUAAAGUGGUAACUGAGACAACCAUCACAACUACAACAACAACUACAAUCGAGGAAAAGUACAGAGUGGUAGCACCAGAAUCCAUGCAAGAGACGUUUAUGUCUGACUCGGAGGAUGAGGGUGGUGGUGAUGAAAUGUUGGAUAUGGCGAUGAAUGUAUACGGGAAACCAACCCACGCACAACAUGUCUACUUGCCUUACUACCAAGGUCAAAUGCAGUACACGCGUGAAGACCCUUUGGUGAGUGACCAGCAACACUACCGCUACAUGACCGUGGAUGACAUGAAGUCUCUUGGUGAUGAUUCAUUGCAGAUUGAUGUCACAAGAGAUGAAAGGGCUGAAUCCAACAGAGUUUCCAUGGACCCAUCACUAGGGGUCAGUGACCUGAUGUUGAGCCCCCUCCAGGUUAGAGAGCAUUAUCAGACAGCAGCCAGCAACCAUGUUCCGGACAAUGUGGACCUCUACAGACAGCCUGUCCAUGUGGGCUUUGUUUUGAACAGGCUCGAUGAUUCUUUGGCUUCGCUCGGCUCUGGUUCUAAGGCCCCAGGAAUGUGGAGGGAAAGCAUUCCUCAUUGGAAAAACUUCCUGGUGAGUUUCCUUGUUGAUGCAAGAGGAGGAGCAAUGAGGGGCUGCAGGCAUUCAGGGGUGCGUGUGAUUGUCCCCCCUCGCAAGGCUGCUAUGCCCAUGAGAGUCACCUGCAGGUACCUUCGCAAAGACAAGCUGUCAAACCCACCACCACUUAUGGAGGGAGAAGCACUGGCCAGCAGAAUCCUUGAGCUUGGCCCAGUGGGUGCGAAAUUCCUUGGACCUGUUAUAAUUGAGGUUCCACACUUUGCAUCAUUGCGAGGCAAAGAGCGGGAGAUAGUGAUUCUGCGGUCUGACAAUGGUGACACUUGGAGGGAACAUACACUGGAUGCCAGUGAGGAAGCUGUUCAGGAUGUCCUCAAUGAAAGCUUUGAGGGAGAAGAAAUGAGUCAGCUGGAAGACCUUCACACAAACCGCAUCACACGGAUAUUGACAGUGGACUUUCCUCACUAUUUUGCUGUUGUGUCACGGACAAGACAAGAGGUGCAUGCAAUUGGACCUGAAGGAGGAAUGGUAUCAUCAAGUGUUGUUCCUCAAGUGCAGGCAGUUUUCCCACCGGCGGCUCUUACCAAAAAGAUCCGUGUUGGAAUCCAGGCACAACCAAUAUCAGCUGAACUAGCAGCAAAACUGCUGGGAAAUCGAGUUGCUGUGUCACCUAUUGUGACAGUAGAGCCCCGACGGCGCAAGUUUCACAAACCAAUUACUCUAACGAUCCCUGUGCCACAAGCAGCCAACAAAGGCAUGAUCAACCAGUACUCAGGAGAUGCCCCAACACUCAGAUUGCUCUGCAGCAUAACUGGUGGCACUACGCGGGCACAGUGGGAGGAUGUAACAGGUUCUACUCCUCUCACAUUCGUAAAAGACUGUGUGACAUUCACAACGACUGUUUCUGCACGUUUCUGGCUAAUGGACUGUCGCAAUAUUUCUGAAGCAACCAAGAUGGCUACUGAGCUGUACAGGGAAGCUACACAUCCACCCUUCAUGGCCAAAUUUGUGGUGUUUGCAAAACGUGUGGAUGUUUUGGAGGCAAGGCUGAGAGUAUUCUGCAUGACAGAUGACAAAGAGGACAAGACACUUGAGCACCAGGAACACUUCACAGAAGUUGCCAAAAGCCGGGAUGUGGAGGUACUGGAAGGAAAGCCUCAGUACAUUGAAUUUGCUGGGAAUCUCAUCCCAGUCAUGAAGUCAGGUGACCAGCUUAAUCUUGGUUUCCAUGCAUUCAGAGAGAAUCGCCUACCCUUUACUGUACGGGUCAAAGAUCAGGAUGAAGAUACAGUUGGGAGGAUACUGUUCAUGCGGGAACCCAAGGUUGCAAAGGGAGAGCCAGCACAAGUACCUAUCUGUACUCUCAACAUAGUCCUGCCAGAAACCAUUAUUCCUGAGUCAGGCCCAUCUGAACCUGAUCUGCUAGAGCUAGAGAAGAAUUACAGUUUCUUGCGAGAUGGUAUCAGUCACCCAGACUCAAUCCACCGAGCUGAUAUAAGGCUGUCUGAUAUAAGUAACCUCCUUGGAGCUGAUUGGGUGCCUCUUGCCUUUGAGCUUGGUAUUCCUACCUCAGAUGUGAAUCUCAUCAAGACAGAAUACCCAGACAACAUAAAUCAGCAGGCUAUGGUGAUGCUACGACUUUGGCUACACACAUCAGGCAACAAAGCUACAGGUAACAAAUUGGAGAAGGCUCUUCGCAAGAUAGAUCGUGAGGACAUAGUAAACCAAUGUGUGUUCAAUGUAGAACUAGUGACUGAUGACAUGGAGAGAGCUGUAGCUAAGGUGCAGCUAGAUCAGUCAGGCUUUGAUGCCCUUCGGGAGGAACUAGGACCAUCACGUGAUGCUACUUUGCGGCGCAGUUACAGUAACCAUGACCAUGAUGACAGUGACUUCAUGAAGGAGUCAGAGUCUGUUGAGCAACUAGGAGAGGCAGACACAUUUGCAAUCAGUAAUGACCAUGGUGCAGUCAGAGUGGUGGAGGAGAAGAAAUAUGCAGGAGAAGAGAAAGAUAUUGGUGACAUGAUGGAGGACUUCCUGGUUCACAAGCAACAGAGCACAUCCACACCACUGAGACCCCAGCACAUCCAGUCAGACAUUGGCAGUGAGAAGCAGGAGAUGCUCCAGGAUGUCACUGAACAACUUGAAAGGCUUGAGACAAUAUCACCAAGUGUUGUCACCACUGUUUUCACACACAAGCAAGAGAUACCAUCACCCAAGAUGUCACAGACACCACCACCAAGUCCUGCAGAGUACCGUGAUCAACUAGGAAUGGAGCAGUAUCCUGGUGAAGGAACACGUGUUUCUCAGUCAGAAACAUGGCAGCCUGAAGAUUUUGACAUUAAUUUGAUUCCAAAUCGGCAGCUGCUAACUUCCAUGCAAGGUAUGUUGGAGGCUGGCCCAGAGCAUGCACACAGUGGCACUGCACCCGGUAGUAGUGUAGUUGUUAGUUCGCAUGAUGACGUGGCAGCUCUGCAUGAGAAGGGGAUUGCUGCCACUUCACCACACCACAUUAAACCCAUCCGGAAAGUGUCCAGGUCAUCCCACAGGACCCGCAACAUGCACCUUGAUGAUAUAGAAUGGGACUUUGGAUCAGACGAUGAGAAUCAGGGUGUUGUAGCUGUAAAAAUUAUUGAGGAAUCUUAUACUGGAGACACAUCAGUUGAUGCUGCCCCAGUUGUGGUUCAGUUGCAAGAGGAAAUUUCUUCGAACCUGCUGCCAAAAGUCAUUACCAGGAUAGAAGAAAGUCACAACAACAAAGAAGCAUCAUAUGAUAGUUCCUCAGAAUUUGCUUCAGAAGUAACUGGAAGAGACAAAGACCUCACAAAUGAUUUCCUUGAAAGGGAAAGGAAGUACUUAGCUGAUGCUCCACCCCUUCUUAUUCAAGACAAUGAGACACUGACAAAGGACAAUGUUGAUUACAACCAAGAUGACUCCUUCAAAGGGAAUGGAGAUAUGUAUGGAGGAGGAGAGAACAGGAGAUACCAAGGUUCAAUCCACAGUGAUUCAGAUUGUGAUAGCCAUGAGUCUCCCAUGUCACCUGAAAGCAGAGUUUCACUUAGCAAGAGGAAAACCCUAGGCAGUUCAAGUGGUUCAGAUGUGGCUCUCCAUGAGGGGGCUGAGCUGUCUGAAGAUGAGCAACACUCAGGAGCUGAAUACUUCCAGGGCAAUGAAGAUCCUAUUUUUACAGAGACAGUAUCCACAGAAUAUGACCCAAACACUCAACAGAGGGUCAUAACCACAACACGUACGGUUGCCAUGUCAACAAGUGGAGCUGACGGCACUGAUGGUUUGCGACAGUCAAUGCAGGAGAUCGUUGACAAGUUCAUGACAGAGGAACGCCAGCACCCUUAGUUUAAGCAUUGUUUGGGUCUGUAAUUCUUUAUGUUCCUUCCCAUCCACCUGAUGUAUUUUUGUAAUGGAAGCUAUGGGGACUUGUAUGUACUAGCUUGAAGACAUCCUCAGGGUAUACUUGCGAUAUCCAGAUCAGAUGUCAUUAUUUUCAAAGCUUCAGACUAUUGUAUUUUGUGUGAUUCAGAGCCAGGUAUUUGGUUAUGUUUGACAUGUUUCCUUUGAAUGAAGAUAAGUUCUGGUUAUUCAUAGAUCAAUGUAUAAAAUUUUCAAUAGCUUUCUUUAUGUAGCUCGUUUUUACGGAAGUUAAUAAGAAGGAAUUCACAAAAGAAGGUGCUGAUGGCAUAAUACAGAGAGGUAGAAUAGUACAUUAGUAGCAUUUACUGUCGCAGGUCUGUAUUUUUGUUAUUUAAAAGACCAAGGGGGCCGUCCUCAAACAGAAAAAAAAUCUUUUGCAUAUUUCAUGAUGCACCCAGGAAGUGACAGAUGUUCAUGUGACUGGGUUUAAGAAACAGUUGACUGCCAUGAUAACUUUAAUUCCAUAGAUAGAGGGGCCAUUUCUGUCAAUAAAUAGUUCAAGAGUUGAGUUUUUGAUAAUUUCCAUGAGUAGCCUUACUCUUAGUGCCUGAAAUGUUAAAGAAAUAUUUUGCCAUUUCUAUUUUCUUUGUGGUUUGACUUCUAUACUGUCUAGUAUGUCAGUAAUGCCUAGAGUGAAAACAGAACUAUUUACUGUCAUGCAUGAAAAAUCUUUAUUUAUAUAUAAUACAGAGACAAAAAUGUUAUAAAUAUAUAUAUAUAUUAAUAUAUAGUUUCAAAGAAGUCAUAUUAUUUAAUUUAAACAUGGAAAUACUAUAACUUGUUUCAGAUUACAUAUUUUGUGGACUAAAGCUAAUUCUUGAAACAAUAAAAAAUAGCAUUUAAAUUUAUAGUUAGGGAUGAAACAGUUACAUGUAAAGUAAAUUAAAUACACAGCUUUUACUACCUAACCUAGAACAGUAGUACACUGGGCAUAGAGGGCUGUCUGUAUUCAUGGAGUGCUGAACUGUUGACACAAUUACUGCACAAUGUAUUCCAUUUCUUUUAUGUAUCAAUUUUAUUGUUUUUGCAUCAGUCCUUUUAUCACUAUAAGUAAAUACUGUGAACUGUUUCUGAUAUGGUACAAGGAAGGUGAAAUAUAAUGAUAGCAUUCCUGUCUAUAAACUUUAAUAAAUCUAAUUAUAAAAACCUCAUUGAACCAUUACUUAAAACUGAAUAUGCACAUAAUUCAUAUUUUGAAUUGCUACUGAAAUUAAUAUUCUUUUAUUGUUAUUUGAAAUUUGGUGUUGAAAGAAAGAAUCUGUCAAUAAUCAGUUCUCUUUGCACAAAAGAAUUUGAAAUCAAGUACAGAACUGAACGUGGUGAAUGCAAGAAG